GGUCGGAGUCGCCAGGUGGUGUCCGUGCACGUGGGCCAGGCCGGCGUGCAGAUCGGCCAAGCCUGCUGGGAACUCUACUGUCUGGAGCACGGCAUCUACCCUGACGGUGUGCCGUAUAAUGACUAUGGCGACGGCAAUCUUGACCCUUUCUUCUCCGAAACGAAGGAGGGGCGAUACGUGCCAAGAACGCUCUUCGUUGACCUCGAACCAUCUGUUGUGGACGAGGUGCGACAUGGCGUGUAUAGGGACCUUUUCCGUCCCGACGACCUUGUCACUCACACCGAGGACGCAGCAAACAACUUCGCCCGCGGCCGAUACAGCGUCGGACAGGAGGUUGUGCGCAAAGUCCUCAACCGGAUAAGGAAGCAGGCAGAAGCAUGUUCUGGGUUACAGGGUUUUAUGUUCUUUCAUUCGUUUGGCGGAGGCACUGGGUCAGGAUUCAUGUCGCUGUUAUUAGAGAAAGUGAUGGAAGAGUUCACAAGUCCCAGUAUGCUAAGGUUUUCAGUUUUCCCCUCACCCCGUAUGUCCACAGCUGUUGUUGAGCCCUACAAUGCUGUGUUGCAUGCCUCUACCACUAUGGAAUAUGACCACUGUGUCUUUGUGUUUGACAAUGAAGCUACUUACAACCUGUGCAUCAACAAACUACACGUUGGUCGUCCAAAUUACAAUAACCUAAAUCAUCAUGUUGCACAGGUGGUGUCGGCAUCAACUGCUUCCCUUCGCUUUGAUGGAGAUCUUAAUGUUGAUCUUAGGGAUUUUAAAACUAAUCUUGUGCCACUGCCACGUCUUCACUUCCCAAUAGUUACAUAUGCACCUGUUAUAUCAGCUGACAAUGCAAACCAUGAACAACAGUCUGUAGCAGACAUGACAAAUUCCUGUUUUGAUUCUUCCACACAAAUGGCUACUUGUGACCCCAGCAAUGGCAAAUACAUGUCAUGCUGUCUGCUGUAUCGUGGUGAUGUAAUACCUAAUGACGUCCAGAGGGCCAUUGCUGCUAUUCGAGUCAAGAAGACCGUCCAGUUUGUUGAGUGGUGUCCAACUGGAUUUAAAUUGGGAAUCAAUUCUGGCCCCCCAACUGUAGUUCCAGGAGGAGACUUGGCAAAGACAAACAGAGCCGUGUGCAUGUUAGCUAACACAACUGCCUUCAGGGAGGCAUGGGCACGCGUAAAUCUCAAAUUUGAUCUCAUGUACAGCAAGCGAGCCUUUGUCCACUGGUACGCUGGUGAGGGUCUUGAGGAAGCAGAACUUUCUGAGGCCCGCGAGAACAUGGCCCAGUUAGAGAGGGAUUAUGAAGAGGUGGAUGGCCAUGAUGAUGACUUAAUGGACAAUCAUGAAUUUUAGCUCAUUAUCAAAAUAUAUAUCACAGGACAAUAAAUUACAAAACAAUAUUUAGUAAUGUAUCUCCUUUGUUAACCCAUAUUUAAUUAUUAUAAUGUAAAUUGCGUUGUACCACAAAAACUGCUGCAGCAGUAAUUAUCUUAGCUAUAUCUUGCAGCAUUUUUCAUGCAGAGUUGUGAUAAUGUGGUAUAAAAAAUACUUGAGAAUAAUGGCACAAGUUGCUUAACAAGUGAGGCUGUGCCUCAAUGAAUAUAUUUAUUACAUUUCAUUAUCAAUAUACAGAACAUUUUUGAGUGAUUUGGAAAUCAAGAUGCAAAUAAUAUCAUUCAUUAAAUAUUUUAUUUUCAAAGGAAAGAAAUGUACAAAAUGUGUUUCUUUUAACGAUAUAAAAUCACCAACCUUUUCUAGUGUACUUAACUGAACAUUCGUGUAGGUGCUUAACAACACAGAAAGAUAAAAUUAUUUCAAAUCCGAUUAAAAAAGUACAUACUUACUCCGAAAUCAUAAUAAAUUAGUUCCUCCUGUUA